AAUAUUACAAGUUCAAGUUGCGAGAAGGUUACAUAUGAUAGAGAGAGUUUGAAAAAAGGCAAUCAUAUUGUUCAAUCUAAAACAAAAUAACGGAGUUUAAAUAAAAUGAUGGAUAUAGACAAAUUUUCAUAUAUUUUUGGCAGUUUUGCCAGAAGAAGUCAAAGUCAGGAAGCUACUGCAGCCAAAAGACGUUCUAUCGAACCGACCAGGAUCAAGCUAACGUCUAGUCACUCCAAAAAACAAAUGAUAACAUUUUCAAAGACUAAGGGAGGUUUAGGAAUAACGGCAGAAGAAGCCAAAAAUAGAUGUCCAAUGUGUAAACAACAAUUUGAAGAUCCAAGAGUGCUUCCUUGUCUGCAUACAUUUUGUUUAAAAUGUUUAGAACAAUUAGAGAAGACAGAUGUCGCUGUAUGGUGUGAUGAUGAUUCCGAAGCUCAGAAAACCGAUGAAACAGGAUCUAGAAAAGCCAGUUCAGCAGGUUCAGGAUAUGUUAGUGAUAGACCCGGCGAUUUCAGUCCCGGCAAAGGAUUUUAUUGUCCCUCUUGUGGAACGGGUAUCGAUAUACCGAAAGCAGGAGUUUCUUGUUUCUUACCAAACUAUACUUUGAUACAUAAGGCUACAUUAGCCAAUUUGAAUUUGGGAAUAACUGAUAACUUGUGUAAUAUUUGCGCUUCAGAUAAAUCGGCACUCUUCAGAUGUAUGAUAUGCAAACUAAAUAUGUGCGAUAUUUGUGAAGAAGUUCAUCACAGGCAGAAAUCUUCAGCUAAUCAUGAGAUAUUAAUGCUCGAGGAUGCUAAGCAAAAGGAAAUAUCGACGAUGAAAAGACCUAUUAUGUGUACACGGCACCAAGAAAAUGAAAUGACCAUAUUUUGUACAUCUUGUUACCAGGUUAUUUGUAGAGACUGUGUAAACGAUUACCACCUCGAUCACAUCUGUGAGCCAGUAUCGAGAGCCGUCAAAACACAUUUUACCAAGUUGCGUCUACUGUCUGAUAAAGCGAAAAAUGUCGUUGAAGAAUCGGCGGUAGCUGCCAGUAAACUUAAUGCUGCUUCCAAAAAUAUCGAAGCAAAGGUCACUGAAGUACAGGAAGAUGUUGAAAAAUUCAUUGACGAAUAUAUUCAAUCGGUGGAAAAGCAUAAAGUGGGACUUUUGGAACAAAUACGGCAGGUUAGGGAAGAAAAACUUCAAAACAUAGCAAAAGAAAAGAACACCUUACAGAAAAAGCUACGUGAUGCAAGAGACGUUUCAUACUUUUUAUCCGACCUCUUAACAGAAGGAUCCGAUGCAGAAAUACUGAGUUUUGUUCAUUUGGUCAUAAAUAAAGUGGAGAAAUGCGAAAAUUUUGAACCUACCACUGAACUAAAGUUAUCUGGUUCUCUUCAAUUCUUAAAAGAAGAAACUGUUAAGUGUCCCGAUAAUAUUUUUACAAUGUAUGGUGUCCUCACGACGCAAAGUGUUUCCCCAGAAAAUUGUGUGUUAAAUACAGCAGUGCUUCAAAAUCUACGAGUAGGAAAAAAAGUGGAGGUAUUGUUAGAAACUAGGGACAAUGACGAUCUGCCUAUCGAACGAGGUGGAGAGGGGGUGACAGCUGAAAUACGUCACAGAGAAGCAGGAAUAUCAAAAUCUAUAGUAGUAAAUGUUAAAGAUAAACGUAAUGGAACUUAUAUAAUUUCGUUUAUACCGGAUGUUCCUGGAAAACUUGUCUUGAACGUUUGCAUAAAUAAGCAACCUGUUAAGGGUAGCCCAUUUCCUGUAAACGUGCGAACAAUUAAGCAACAUGUAGGUAUUUAUCAUUGUUGCUCUUUCUGCUCUAGCAGAGGCAAUAAAGAGGCAACGUGUGGUUGUCCUGGAACAAUGCCAGGAGGCUAUAAAGGUUGCGGUCACGGUCAUGAAGGCCAUCCAGGUAGACGUCAUUGGUCCUGUUGUGGGAAUAUCCUGGAACACUCUGAAUGUACAAGAACCAAGCAGCAAAAUUGUGAACGCAAUUUUAAUACAAAUUAAUAUCAGAUUGUAACAGUUAAUAUAUAGAGUAUUUGUGUUGUAUAUUAAAACUUUUUUAAACUU